AUGGGCAGGGUCAUUCGGGCACAGAGGCGGUCUCAUGCCAUCUUCAAGGCGCAUACGCACCACAACAAGCAGCCGGCGCAAUUCCGUCCGCUCGACUUCGCAGAGCGCAACGGCUACGUUAAGGGUAUUGUGAAGGAGAUCAUCCACGAUGCUGGUCGUGGUGCCCCCCUUGCCCGUGUCGUCUUCCGCGACCCCUACAGGUACAAGCUCCGCAAGGAGACUUUCGUCGCAACUGAGGGUCUCCACACUGGCGCCUUCGUCUACUGCGGCAAGAAGGCGCAGCUCGCCGUCGGCAACGUGCUCCCCGUCUCGCAGUGCCCUGAGGGAACCAUUGUGAGCAACGUCGAGGAGAAGACUGGCGACCGCGGUGCGCUCGCCCGGACGUCCGGCAACUACGCGACCGUCAUCGGCCACUCCCCCGAUGAGAACAAGACCCGCAUCCGUCUCCCCAGCGGUUCGAAGAAGACCGUCUCCGGCAGCUGCAGGGCGACGAUCGGUAUCGUUGCUGGUGGUGGCCGUAUCGACAAGCCUUUGCUCAAGGCUGGCCGUGCAUUCCACAAGUACAAGGCCAAGCGCUACAACUGGCCCCGUACUCGUGGUGUUGCUAUGAACCCCGUCGACCAUCCUCACGGUGGUGGUAACCACCAACACAUUGGUAAGGCGUCGACAAUCGCUCGCUCUGCCGUCCCCGGUCAGAAAGUCGGUCUCAUUGCCGCCCGCCGGACCGGUCUGCUCCGUGGUACGGUCAAGGUCAAGGAGGUCUAA